UGCAAACCAAGUGAUAAGACGAUGGACGCACUCCCGCCACACACAGGCUGGAGCAGCAGAGCAUGGCGCAUGCGACGCAGCCGCUUCGGCUCCGCGUCGGGGCGGCCACAUCUCAGCCUGCACGCCUGCACCAUCCGAUCAUCCGUGCGCGGGAGGGCGGAAGCAGCGGCAGGAGGAGGACGAGUGCCGUCGUGGCGGCGUCGGCGGCGAAGGGGAGGGCUGCGGAGGUGGUGCGCGAGUUCUACGAGGGCGUGAACCGGCGCGACCUGGCGGCGGUGGCGCCGCUGAUCGCGGAGGGGUGCGUGUACGAGGACCUGGUGUUCCCGCGGCCCAUGGUGGGGCGGGACCGGGUGCUGGGCUUCUUCGGCGACUUCAUGGGCUCCGUCAGCCCCGACCUCCGCUUCGUCAUCGACGACAUCUCCGGCGAUGACCCCUCCGCUGUCGGCGUCACCUGGCACCUCGAGUGGAAGGGGCGGCCGUUCCCGUUCAGCCGGGGCUGCAGCUUCUACCGCUGCCAGCCCGACCCGCAGCGGCAGGGCAUGAUCCAGAUCGUGUACGGCCGGGACUGCGUGGAGCCGGCGACCAAACCAGGGGAGUUGGCGCUGGUGGCCAUCAGGGGAGUGACGUGGCUGCUCGAGCGCUUUCCGAGCCUUGCCGACAGGCUCUGACACACCCUGUUCAUCCUCCUCACGAGCUUGCAAUGGAUCGACGGACUGCAAAUCCACUCCCCCACCUCGUCUUCGGUUCCGAAAAACAAGUGUAUGCGUGUGUUGAAUUUUCGCUCUAUAAAUAACCUGCAGAGUUUUCAGUGUUAUUCAACUAUGACAGUAACAAUCAGCAAAUGAAGAGCUGAGCACAAUUCAAAGGGGAAAUAAUAUGGUAGCUGCUAGCUAUGUGUUGCUAUAGAAAGUAAAACAUAUAUAUGGAGGUUCCCCCUUGGGCUGCAGUUUCCUGUGGUGGAGGUUUGUUGGUGUGUACAUGGUUUCCGGUGCAAAACGACAAGAAUCUCUCAUCUUGGAUCAAGGUGUGCGAUUUAUGCGUGUGUGUUGUAAGUUGUAACUCAUGAUGUAACUUCUACUUGGUUGAUAGCUUUGUUAAUUAAAACCGGGCUCAUUUCAA